UUCUCCUACCUCCACCAUUUUUAAGCCAACAAACAUGUUUUCCAUCUGUUCUUCAUUUAGAGUUUCAAUGAUGCUGCUUGGUCUUCUACUAGCAAUAAGCUCUUUAAUGGCUUCUUCUUCUGCUGGUAAUUUAAAUCAAGAUUUCGUCAUCACAUGGGGUGAUGGCCGUGGUAAAAUGCUCAACAAUGGCCAGUUGCUUAUGCUGUCCCUUGACAAGGUCUCUGGCUCUGGCUUCCAAUCUAAGAAUGAAUAUCUAUUUGGAAGGUUUGAUAUGCAGAUCAAGCUCGUCCCCGGAAACUCCGCCGGCACGGUGACCACUUUCUAUCUAUCAUCUCAGGGAGACAAUCAUGAUGAGAUUGAUUUUGAGUUCUUGGGUAACUUGAGUGGAGAACCUUAUACUCUCCAUACCAAUGUGUUCAGCCAAGGCAAAGGAAACAGAGAACAGCAAUUCAAACUGUGGUUCGACCCAACCAAGAACUUCCACACUUACUCCAUCAUCUGGAAUUCACAAGAAAUCAUCUUCAAGGUGGACAACAUUCCUAUCAGAGACUUCAAGAAUAGAGAAUCUGAUGGAAUUCCAUACCCUCAUAAUCAACCCAUGAAGAUCUACUCCAGCCUAUGGGAUGCUGAGGACUGGGCAACUAGAGGAGGGCUUGUUAAGACUAAUUGGACCCAAGCACCAUUGAAGACUUUCUAUAGAAAUUUCAAUGGGAAUGCCUGUGUGGUGUCUUCUAGUGGGGUUUCUUCUUGUGAUUCAAAUAUGACGACAAGUAAUUCUGUAUCAGAUAAUACAUCGCAAUCCCAACAGUUGGAUUCAAAAGGUCAAAGAUAUCUGAGAUGGGUUCAGAAGAAUUACAUGAUCUACAACUACUGCACCGAUUAUAAGCGCUUCCCUAAUGGUCGCCCGCGGGAGUGUAGACGUUCCAAGGCCAAUUAGAGAACUUCUCAUUCAAAUUUCUUCCAAUUGAUGUUAAUAUUCCAUAAUCAUUCUUUUAUUUGUCAAAUUGAUUUGUUGCCUCGGGUAAUUUUGCCUGCCCUUGGAAGAAACUAAGGAUGGUGUAUCUUCUGUAAUAAAAAGCAUAAGUUUUUUUUUUUUUGGUA